AUGGGGAAAAAGUUGAAUGUUGAUAAAAAUCGUGGAUCCAAUAAAAAUACGUUUUUGCCGCUCUCUCUUCCUCCUAGAGAUUCUCUGCUCACAUUGGAGAUCUUCCACUCCCGACCCUCGGAGACUUCGAAACCCUUGGUUGGCACCCUCCGAAUCGAACUCAGGGAUCUCCUGGUCUACUCAAACGAGUCAAUUACUCCAGUCAAGUCUUUUGAGCUUAAACGACCCUCGGGUCGUCCACACGGGAAGAUCCGAUUGAAAUUGUCUCUCCGUGAACGCCCCAUUGAAAAUUACCUUACUGCUCCUCCACCCAGCUAUAUGUACUCUACUGCACCUCCCCCUCCUUUGCCGACUUACCCCGGACGCGACUACAGAGGAUACUCUCCUGCUCCUUAUUCAAGCCUUCCCAUGGUUCACCCGCCGCCGUCUAUGCCAUCUCCACCACCACCUCCUGCACCUCAAUCUUUCUCAUACACUACGUACUCUGAUCCCUAUUCAGGCUACCACCCUGGUUACUACUCGCAGGUGCCACCACCACCUCCUCCUCGGUCGUAUUUUGAGAGGCAGUCUAACUAUGGUGGACCAGGGCCGAGUGCCCCUGUGGAUUAUGCAUCUUAUGAUCACCAGAAACGAGGGACUGGAAAAUUUGGAAUGGGAAUGGGUACAGGAUUGGCAGUUGGAGCUGUGGCUGGAGCACUCGGAGGGCUGGCACUGGAAGAAGGGAUAAAAUACGAGGAAGAGAAGAUAGCAGAAAGAGUUGAGAACGACAUGGCUUCUAGAGAUGACCAGUACAGUGACUAUCGCACUGAUUAUUGACGUAAGAUUUUAUUAAUGGCUAAUAAGUUUGUGUUAAUCUAUAAUUUCGUGAUAAAAUAUGUAUAUAUAGUGUGCUGCGUGUGUUGGAUCUAACCUUGAGUUUAAGUGGAGUUUAUUCAGUGAGAAACUGUUCCCAUAUAUAAUGAAUUCUACGUUUCAGAAAUAAAAAUCUGGUUAUGAAGUUUCUUGCCUUCAA